UUUUUUUCGAUAAACGUUAUUUGAACACUUGUAUCCGGUUGCUGUCCAUUUACAUGUUACACGUCACGAUUACACGCAUAAGCAUUCAAAUAAUUUGUCCACAUCACUAUGACUUGCGACCUGCCCUCCAAUGCGGCCAAUAUUAUCUCUUCGGUGAGUUUAAAAUUAUUUAUUAUUACUAUCGUUUGUAUUUUUAUAAUAUUCGCGUAAUUUAUUGGAUAUAUUUUUUGACAAUGUCAAACAAAAAUACAUUUUUUACGAUUUAUAAUAUAUCUAAAUUAUUUUGUUGUUCAAUCAACAAAGUUUUAGUGCAAAUUUUACAAAAUAAAAACCCGAACGAAGACGCGCAAUAAUUUUACACAUGGUACUUUAUUUGAACAAUAUUUCGAAUUUCCCAAUACAUUUUACCAACAAAUUUCGCUAUGUGUUUUCGUUGUUAAAACUCUUUUUUGGCGAUUUAAAUGAUUCGAUUUUUUCCCGUAGUACCGUAACACGGGGUUAGUUUGCACCUUAAGUGGUAAAUUUGCACCAGUUUUUACAUUAGUUUUGAUGUAAUAUGGUAGCAAAUGAUUAUUUUAUGCGUGCAUUUUGUUUAUUAUAUAAGAAAUAAUAAUUUUAGAAUAAGCUGAUUGUAAUAUCUGAAUGCACAGCUUUCAACAUGUAAUAGAGUUCCUACUAAAGCGAUAUACGUACACAAAGAAAAUACCGAAAAAUAUCUGUUGUUUACAUAGAUCAAAAUAAGGUUGACAGCGUACGAUAAAAAUAAUCCUCAAGAAACUUCAAUUAAUCAGAUGAAAUAACAAAAACAAAGAAUCAUCAGUAGAAAUCAAUAAAAAGGAAAUCGGAGAAUGUCAUUUUCACCUAAAAAGGCAAAGUGUUUUAUUGGAGAAAUUAUAAAUGUUCAAAACUAGAUGGCUACUAUAUUUGCAUGCAAAGGUUUGGGCAUUUAUGGAAAUGAUUCAAUUCUCUUAGUAUUUUAGAUUACCCAUGGUAAGAUGUCUUCGGUCUCACCGAAAAUCGGAAAAAAAAAAUUGGAAACCGCGGCCGACAUCGAUUUCAGACCAGCCUUGGAAGAAAUUUUUAAUAGCCGUGUAAAGAAAACCCCGUCAAAAAUAUAAAUAAAUUUAGUUUAAAAAAAAAUGCAAGAUUAAACUAUGCAUAAAUAUGCCUGAGAGUAAUCACGAAAUAUUUCAAAACUGUGUACAAAUUUUGGGUACAUAAAAAAACAAUCAAAUGAUAUUCAAAAUUAGGCGCAAAGUAACACCGCGUAUUACGGUACUUUAAAAGAUGCAAUAUUUUUGCCAAGUGAUAAUUUUUAUAAAAACAUUGUGAAGUUUUUAACGAUUCAUCCCCUAGAUUCAACCACUUUUUGGGAGUCUUCUAGGAACACACUUUUUCGGUUAGUUAAAAUCAACUAUUAUACUCAUUGCGCGCAGGUUUAUAGAAACUAAUUUAUUUUACAUUGAUUCGCAAACACUAUUCCGUACAAGUAUAUAUACUUAUACAUUUUUGCAUACAUACAUAAUUUUUAUAACUACAGUGUUUUGAUAUUUUCAGAUAUCAUGUUGGGGAAUUCUCAAUCUUCGCGGUUUUUCGGUCAACCCGUGACACUGGAAGUGCCUGUAAAUAAAAUCAAUAAAUUACAACAAUGUAAUUACCUUUUGCUCCUAUAAUUGAAAAAUAACUAACGAUGUUUAUUAUUAUUUUUUUUUUUUUUUAUGAAAUUCGUUUGUAUUAUAUUCAAAUAUUUUCAUUUUUAGGUUUAAAAUUAUUAUUUUAUUAUUAGUAUUGUUACUAUUUCACAGCCAUUCAAAACAAUCCGGCCAUCGUAAAGGAAAUAAUAGAUGCUGCAGCUAACAAUCCUUAUGCAUUCAAUCCGUCUAUGUCAAAAAGUCACCAUCACCAUCAUCAAUCGAGUGGUAUAUAUAUAUUUACAUUUUAGUUAAAUAAUCACACAUGAUUUAAUUUACUGCACGUUAACGUAUGAACGUGUCCAUUAAACUCUAAUAAAAUAAUCAUUUUCCCUCUUGCUACACGCUGUCACUUACCAUCACGAGUGUCAAAAAUAAACUGACCAUUACCAUGUUAACAUAUAAAUAUUUUCGUUUUAUGUAUUAUACCAAUCAAAACAGUUUUCAAACGAAGCCGUCAUAAUAAAUUUCGUCUGACAACUUUAAAUUUACAACAUUGUUUUUUUUUUUUUUUUUGUUUAAAUAUUAAACAUUAUUUUUAUUAUCUUCGACGUAAAAAAUAUGGACUCGUUAAAUAUAAAAUUCUUGAAAAAUAGCAACCUGAGUUAAAUAUCGUCCCAAAAAUUAAUAUUUAUAAAAAAACCAAAAAUAUUAGUGUUGCUCACUUUUAUUCGCACGCAAUGCUGAGUUAUAUAAAUAACUUUUUUAACUAUCUUUAGCAUUUAUAACCAACGAUUUUAGAAAAUAAAAAUAAUUAAAAAAAAUUAAAAUAUUUUUUAAUAAUGUAGAGGAGAUAUAUAAUUAUUAAUUAUUUACUAGUCGUAUGAUAUUUCAGGGAUUCCUGGUUUGUCAUAUCACGAUGGAAUGACGGUGUAUGAUCCUAGUCCUAAAAAAACGCCAUUACCACAAAAAACGAUGAUUAAUGGGGAGGAAUACUUUUUAACUACGAGAGCGGGACUUUUGUGGGACAAAGGACUUAAUUUGGUUAGAAAUGCAGCAUUGCAAGUUGGCGGUACGCUGGGAUUAAAUAAUGGAAUUUCACGAAAUGCACCGAAUUUAGAAGACCAUUUAGAGUAUCAAAAUGAAGGCCACGAACCAAGUGGAAGUGAAGAAGAAGAGAAGAUAAAACCGACAAAGAGGAAAUCAAAGAAUAAAAACAAACACGAGGAUGAAAGUAUUCAACAAGAAAGCAAUGAACCCGAAGGUAGUCAAGAAAACACCGAAGAAGAGAAAACACCGAAAACGAAAAAAAAGCAUAGGGAAGACGAAAGUAUUCAACAAGAAGGCAAUGAAGGCGAAGGUAGUCAAGAAAACACCGAAGAACAAAAACCACCGAAAACGAAAAAAAAGCAUAGGGAAGACGAAAGUAUUCAACAAGAAGGCAAUGAAGGCGAAAACGAAAAAAAAGCAUAGGGAAGACGAAAGUAUAAAAAAAAGCAUAGGGAAGACGAAAGUAUUCAACAAGAAAUAGGGAAGACGAAAGUAUUCAACAAGAAGGCAAUGAAGGCGAAGGUAGUAAAGAAAACACCGAAGAAAAUAUCACACCAAAAACGAAAAAAAAGCAUACACGAAAAUAAGAAAUCGAAUGUGUUAUUCCAUAUUUAUCUACAAUAUAAAAUUAAUUUUUUGUUUCAGGUUAAAACAAAUGAAAAAAAAAUUGAAAAAGUAAUAUUACAUCUAGUGGACGUUUUUGAACUUUUUCUAAUGAGAAACUUUGAUAUUAACUUACAAUAUAUUUAAUG